AUGCUCCUCAAAGCCGCUCCCGCCCCGGGCCACCAGGAGGACAUUGUCCUUCGCAACCACAAUGGCCUGGGAGUCACUGCUGACGGUCUGGGCGCAGGCAGGAUGGAUGAACCGCAAGCUAGCGUUGAGUCACCGAUCCCCAGUCAUCCCCUGGGAAUCAAGCCCCUGGGCAACCAGUAUUUGUCGUCCGCCGCCAACGCUCGUGGCUCCAUAGGCCGCCUCCAGGUUUUGCCCGACGAGGUGCUGGCCCAGCUGUUCGAGUAUUUCGGACCGCAGUCUUUGCGCAAACUGGGCUACACCUGCAAGUUCCUCUUUGCUUUCUGUCAUGCUGACGAUCUCUGGAAGGCUUUGUUCCUGGAGAGUCAUGAGGAGAAAAGGCGCCCCUUCCAGUGGAAGGGGACGUGGAGGUCAACCUUACUUGAAUUGUCACCAGACCAGGAGGCCAAGAUCAAUUGCUGUAAUGUCUUCUCCGAUGUUCUUCAUCGCCCGUUUGUCUGCAGCAAGGUGCCUCUGGGUCGUUUCUGCUCCAGAAUCCCCAGCGCGAACGAGAUCAAACGGCUUCCGGACAUGACAUACGAGGAAUUUGCGGACAAAUGGAGCGACAGACCCUUCAUUCUGACGAAUUGUAUCCGUUCGUGGCCGGCUUGCAAAGAAUGGAACAUCCACCAGCUGUCGAGGACAUACGCUGACGUGGAAUUCCGCGCCGAGGCGGUGGACUGGCCCUUCUCAACAUAUUGCCACUACAUGUGCAGCAAUCAAGACGAGAGUCCCCUCUAUCUGUUCGACAAAAAGUUUGCCGAGAAAAUGGAUGUCUCGAUCGGGAAAGUUGAAGGGGCGGCAUAUUGGAAACCAGACUGCUUCGGGCCCGAUCUUUUUGAAGUGCUGGAUUCGGAAAGACCAGCGCACAGGUGGUUGAUUGUAGGGCCAGCGAGGUCCGGCUCGACGUUCCACAAGGACCCGAACGGUACGUCGGCGUGGAAUGCUGUUCUUCAAGGAGCCAAAUAUUGGAUCAUGUUCCCCCCUUCCGUGGAGGUGCCGGGUGUCUUCGUAUCGGCCGACCAGAGUGAAGUCACAAGCCCUCUGAGCAUAGCGGAAUGGCUUCUAGAGUUCCACGAAGAAGCGCGAAAGUUACCAGAAUGCAUAGAAGGCAUCUGCAGGGAAGGCGAGAUUCUCCACGUGCCUAGUGGAUGGUGGCAUCUGGUUGUCAAUCUUGAGAGUGGAAUUGCGCUCACACAGAACUUCGUGCCCAAAUCACACCUCGCCGUCGUUCUCGAAUUUCUGAGGGACAAACCAGACCAGGUGACGGGGUUCAAGAGAGACGUCGUCGAUCCCUAUAGCCUGUUUGUGGAUCGCCUCAGGGCACAAUUUCCGGAACUCUUGGAUGCAGCGCUCGUUGAGAUGGAUCAGAGGCACAGCAAGAAGAAGAGGAAGUGGGACGAGGCCAUCGCUGUCGAAGAGACGGCGCAGACUUCAGGGUCUGGAGGGUCUGGAGGGUCUGGAGGGUUCAGCUUCGGGUUUGGGUUUGGCGGGGACGAUGAAGAGAUACCGUGA